AUGGUCAUGAUUGCAGUCGCGACACGCUCCCUUGUGUUCCUUGCUUUAGCCCUCAUUUAUCAUUCCAUCGCAGUUCUAGCGUUUGACAUCACUCGCAACGAUAAUCUUGCUGUGUAUUGGGGACAGGACUCUGCUGGCAACCAAAAACAACUUUCUACCUACUGUGCAGAUGCAACGAUAGACAACGUCAUCUUGGCUUUCCUCUAUAUCUUCAACGGCACAGGUGGUGAGCCUGUCAUCGACUUUGCCAAUAUAUGCAAUCAGUACGAUGACAGUGUUUUUCCUGGAACUGCUCUCGCCAACUGCUCGUUCAUGGCAUCUCAGAUCGAGGCAUGUCAGGCGAAAGGAAAGAUUGUGACGCUCAGUCUUGGAGGUGGGACCGGUCAGGUAGGCCUCUCGUCGACGACAGUUGCGCAGAACUUCGCGAACAAGAUCUGGAAUGAGUUUCUGGGCGGGUCGAGCACGACGAGACCCUUUGGCAGUGCAGUCCUCGACGGUGUCGAUUUAGACAUAGAGAGUGGCUCACCAAAUCACUACUCUGCAUUUGUCAAUCGAAUCAGAUCACAUGCUAGCGGCGCAUCGAAGAAAUACUAUGUUACGGCUGCUCCUCAAUGCCCGUUUCCUGAUGCCAACAUCGGUGCAGCUCUGAAUGCCGCGUCAUUCGACGCUGUCUUUGUACAGUUCUACAACAACUAUUGUGGCCUCGAUCAACCCGACGAUUACAAUUUUAAUACAUGGGAUGACUGGGCGCGCUCCGGCUCUGCGAAUCCGGACAUCAAGGUAUACAUCGGUGCAGCGGCUAGCGCGAAUGCUGCAGGAGAGGGAUAUGUAGACAUCGGAACUCUGGAGAAUUAUGCCACGAAUGGUCAGGAUACAUUUGACUCUUUCGGUGGGGUCAUGCUGUGGGAUGCCUCAGAAGCGUACACGAAUCAUCGCUAUGAUAAAGCGAUUAAGAAUGCGAUGACGGCUAAUGCUGCUCGCAGUAAAGUCGAAGAGAGAAAGAGCAAGGGUCAUUUGGAGUCUACAUAUCCGGCAGAGAAGCCCUUCCUGCAUGUGCAGCUUUGA